AUGAUAAAAGCCGCUGCUCCGGCGCGCAAUAAGGCGCCGAUUUUGGAAGUUUUGAACGUUGCUAUUGGCAAGUUUUUUAAAGGUAAUACAUCGUUGAAAUGUUUAGAAGUCGCAUCGGGAACUGGUCAGCAUGUUGCCCACUUCGCUCCACUUUUACCACAAGUGGACUGGCAACCGUCUGAUAUUGAUGAAUCGUACUUGGCAAGUAUCCGGGCGUACAAGAAAGAAUUGAACCUUAAGAACGUCAGAGAACCAGUGAUCGUCGACGUCACCGACAAACCUGGACCAAAUGCUGUUGGAGAGUUCCUCCGUGGAUGUGAUGCCAAUUCGUACGACAUGAUUUACAACGCCAACAUGAUGCAUAUAAGUCCUUUCGCCUGUUCCGAAGGUUUGUUCCGCUGUGCCGCGUUUCUCCUGAAAUCCGGUGGACUUCUGAUCACCUACGGCCCUUACGGUUUCAAUGGAACCCUCACACCGGAGAGUAACGUCUCGUUCAACGAAAGUCUCAAAACUUCUAAUCCUGAAUGGGGAAUAAGGGAUGUGGACCUUCAGUUGAAGCCGCUCGCAGAGAUGAACGGAUUAAAACUGAACAUGAGUUUCGACAUGCCGGCGAAUAACAAAACGUUGAUAUGGCGAAAGGAUCCCGUUGAUUAA